AUGGGAUAAAGCUGUUGCAAUAAACAAACUAUAGAAUUAAGUAAUGAAUAAAUGACAGAUUGGUGUUAAAAUAUAGAUGGAGUUAAAUUUUGUGAAAACCUUGAUGAUAUUUUUAACUCUAAUGAUUGUAAUUCUCAUCAUGCUAGAGUAUUAAGCUCCUAAAAUAUAUUUACUUUUUAAUAGUAGUUGCCACCUACUUUAUCGUAAGAAAGUAGUUGUUACGAAAAAAGGAAAUAUAUUUAAAAGUAAAAUUUGGAUGAAGACAGUCCAACAUUUAAAUCUUAAAAAUACUUAUUAUCAGAAAAAUGA